GGAGAAGCGUCAGUAUUCUACAAUUUCUCGCCAGUGUAACGUCGCGUAAUUUACCUCUCACGAACUCUUGCAUAAUUCGAUACACAAUGGAGGCCUGGGCAAUGAUAUUGGCCUUCGUAGCAGUGAUUCUCAGUAUUUAUUACUACGUAGUAAAGGACAUGAAUUAUUUCAAAAAAAUUGAUCUACCAUAUUUGGAACCAUGGCCGAUAUUGGGCAACAUGGGUUCAGCAUUCUUACGUCGAAAAACAAUUACUGAUAUAAUCGUCGAUACUUAUAAUGUAAAUCCAAAGGCCAAAUACGUUGGUUUCUUCGAUUUGAAUAAUCCGGUUUUGGUGAUUCGUGAUCCUGAAUUAAUCAAAAUAAUCGCUGUGAAGAAAUUUGACAAUUUCCCGGAUCACCGAUCUUUCGUCGACGACGUACAGGAUCCACUUUUCGGAAAGGCUCUAUUUUCGUUAAGAGGAGACCGAUGGAGAGAAACCAGAACGAUGUUGAGUCCAGCAUUUACUUUGAGCAAGCUAAAGGGUAUGUUCCAAUUGAUGAACGAAUGCGGAGCAAAUUUUACGGAUUAUCUAUCGAAAAUGCCAAAGGAUAAGAAAACUAUAGAGAUGAAGGACGUCUUCACGAGAUAUACCAACGACGUAAUAGCCACUUGUGCCUUUGGUAUAACUAUAAAUUCGAUGAAAGAUCGAGAAAAUGAAUUUUACGUUCUUGGAAAAAAGGCAACUAACUUCGACGGUAUUAAAACAUUGAAAUUCCUCAUGAUACGUUUUUUCCCAACGAUAACGAGGCUAUUCAAGAUCAAUAUCAUAUCCGACAAUGUUGUUAAUUUCUUUAAGAACGUUGUCGAGGAGGUUAUCAACAUUCGAGAUCGAGAUAAGAUCGUACGGUCGGAUAUGAUACAAUUGAUGAUGGAAGCUAGGGACAAGAGAGCCGAAAUGGGACAAGAAUUACCUAUGAUGGAUAUAGUAGCUCAGGCGUUCAUAUUUUUCUUUGGUGGUUUCGAUAGCGUUUCCACGGCCAUGUGUUUCACCUGUCACGAAAUUGGUGUCAAUCCGGAUAUACAAAAAAGAUUGCAGCGAGAGAUCGACGAGGCCAUUGAAAAGACCAAUGGAAAUCCAACUUACGAAGUUAUCAACAGCAUGGAAUAUUUAGACGCAGUGAUAAGUGAAUCUCUACGAAGAUAUCCGGUCGUUGUUUUCCUCGACAGACUCUGCGCUGAGAGUUACGAGUUACCUCCAAGUUUACCAGGUGGCAAACCCUUCCUCCUGAAAAAAGACAUGAGUAUAUGGUUUCCAAUUUAUGGACUCCAUCACGAUCCGAAAUAUUUCGAGGAUCCGUACAAAUUUGAUCCCGAAAGAUUUAUAAAAAACGGAAAGGAGAUCAACAAUUCCGGUGUUUAUUUGCCCUUUGGAUUGGGACCUAGAAUGUGCAUUGGUAAUAGAUUCGCUCUACUCGAGAUGAAAGUUUUGAUAUUCCAUUUGUUAGGAAGAUGUAAUCUGAAGCCUUCUUCCAAAACUCAGAAUCCAUUGCAAUUAUCCAAAAAAGGAAUGCCUAUGACUGCCGAAAAUGGUUUUUGGAUGGAUUUAAUGGAUAGAGAAGAUGUUCAUCCUACUCUUAAAAAUUUUGUGCCUAAUAGCAUUGCACGUGAUGAUAUUAACGCUGACGCAUCCACCAAUGGUAUUAAUAAUGGUCAUGCCGUUAAAGCUUUAAUCAAGCACACGAUGGAGGCUUGGGCAAUGAUCUUGGCCUUGGUAGCAGUGAUACUCAGCAUUUAUUACUACGUCUUUAAGGACUUGAGUUACUUCAAAAAAAGUGGUAUACCGUAUUUAGAACCAUGGCCAAUUGUGGGCAACAUGGGUCCAGUAAUUUUACGUCUGAAAUCGCUGGUUAAUAUAAUUACAGAUAUUUACAAUUUAAAUCCGGAAGCCAAAUACGUAGGCUUCUUCGAUAUGGGUAAACCAGUCUUCUUUAUUCGCGAUCCAGAAUUAAUCAAAAUGAUCGCGGUUAAGAGUUUCGAUAAUUUUCCGGAUCACAGAGGUAUCGUUGACGAGGUACAAGAGCCACUUUUCGGAAAGAAUUUAUUUUCCUUGAAAGGCGAUCGAUGGAGAGAAACUAGAACGAUGUUGAGUCCGGCGUUUACUUUGAGCAAGCUAAAGGGUAUGUUCCAAUUGAUGAACGAAUGCGGAGCAAAUUUUACGGAUUAUCUAUCGAAAAUGCCGAAGGAUAAGAAAACUAUAGAGAUGAAGGACGUCUUCACGAGAUAUACCAACGACGUAAUAGCCACUUGUGCAUUUGGCAUCAGUAUUAAUUCUAUGAGAGAUCGGAACAACGAUUUCUACGUUCUCGGAAGAAAAGCAACCAAUUUCGAAGGUAUUCAAUUUCUGAAAUUCUUCCUUAUUCGUUCUUUCCCAAAUAUUGUAAAAUUCUUCAACGUCAAGCUCAUAUCCGGUAAUAUCGACAAUUUCUUCACGAACGUUGUCAAGGAAGUAAUCGACACUAGAGAUCAAAACAAGAUCGUACGAUCAGACAUGAUACAAUUGAUGAUGGAAGCUAGAGACAAGAGAGCCGAAAUGGGACAAGAAUUACCUCUGAUAGACAUAGUAGCUCAAGCGUUUAUAUUUUUCUUUGGUGGCUUUGACACCGUCUCCAGGGCCAUGUGCUUCGCCUGUCACGAAAUUGGUAUUAAUCUGGAUAUGCAAAAGAGAUUGCAGCAAGAGAUCGACGAGGUCAUUGAAAAGACCAAUGGAAAUCUAACUUAUGAUAUUAUCAACACCAUGCAAUAUUUAGACGCCGUGAUACAAGAAUCCCUACGGAAAUAUCCGAUCGUUGUCUUUCUUGAUAGAGUGUGCAUCGAGGAUUUCGAAUUGCCAGCAAGUUUACCUGGAAGGAAACCUUUGUUAUUAAGAAAAGGAACAAAUGUUUGGUUCCCAGUUAGUGCACUCCAUUUAGACCCCAAGUAUUUCGAGGAUCCGUACAAAUUCGAUCCAGAAAGAUUUAUAAAAAAUGGAAAGGAGAUUAACAAUUCCGGUGUCUUCUUGCCCUUUGGAUUGGGACCUAGAAUGUGCAUUGGUAAUAGAUUCGCUUUACUGGAAAUGAAAGUUUUGAUAUUUAAUUUAUUGGCUAGAUGUAAUCUUAAGCCAUCCAUCAAAACCGAAAAUCCAAUUCGAUUAUCCAAGAGUGGAAUCAACUUGUCGGCUGAAAAAGGUUUUUGGAUGGAUUUAGAAGAAAGAAGCGAUGUUCAUCCUGCUCUUAAAAAUAUUGUCUGUAAUAAUAAUUCUGAUACUAUUAAACUAGGUAGUCAUUAAUGGAGUUACUAUUGAUCGUACAGUUAAAACUUAAGA